CAUAGAUGCUAGAACAAACUGACAAAUUCAUUUGUGACAUAUUUUGGGAACCGCCGAGAAUUUUUGUGUUUUAUAAAUAUUUUUAAGAAAUUAUUAAGUUGAAAUCAUGAUAAGAAAACGAUAGGUUUUAUUUCGCCAUGGUAUGAAAGUAGGAGGUAGCUAAGUAGGUACCUACUUGCAAGCGACAUGGAGACUUCAGUGGAAGCAAGGAUGCCGAUUAUAAAAGACGAUGUAAGUAUAAUCGAUAAACUACUAGAGAAAGUCGAUGAAACUCAUGAGAAAAUCGAUAAAACGCAGGAGAAAAUCAAUAGACUGCAAGAGAAAAUAUUAAUUUUCUUUUGCGCUGAUAAAACGCAGGACAAAAUCAAAAAACUGCAGAAGAAAAUCAAAAAAACGCAGGAGAAAAUCGAUAAACAACAGGAGAAAAUCAAGAAACGACAGGAGAAAUUAACUAAACCACUGGAAAAAAUCGAAGAGCCACAAGAGAAAAUCGAUAAACCAUCUGAGAAAAUCAAAGAGCCACAGGAGAAAAUCGAUAAACCAUCUGAGAAAAUCAAAGAGCCACAGGAGAAAAUCGAUAAACCAUCUGAGAAAAUCGAAGAUCCACAAGAGAAAAUCGUUAAACAUCAGAAGGAAAUUAAUAGACAACAGGAGAAAAUUGGAAAACCGCAGCAUAAAAUCGAUAAAAUGCAGGAGAGAAUCGAUAAGCUACAUGAGAAAAUAAAAAGGACACAGGAGAAAAUCGAAAAACCGAUGAAAAAGAAAAAAUGCGAAGAAGAUGUCAAAUCCAAAACUUGCUGCAACGACAAACCAGGGUUAAGAUGUAAGACACGCCGCGCGGUCGUCCCCUCAGUUUCAUCACUAAACCAGUCAGUUAGUUAUAACUGUCGCAAUUGUUGUUUUAUGCUCGGCGAACUUUGCAAAGAAGUACACGGCACAAUCACAGGCGACUCAAAUGAAAAGGUUUACGAAGUUUUGGAGGAAUUAAGCGAUAUAAUACUAGCUAUAGCGAACGAUUGCAUACUUUUUAUCAGAAGGAUUGGAAUUGACACGAGUUUAAUGAUUUCUAAAGUACUUAAGAGGACUCAACAGUACGCAAAUGCCAGGGUCUCUACAGUUGUUAAGAGGACCCAUCAAUACACGAAGAUGGCCACUGAAAAAGUCUGCGUAAUAAUUGAUUCAACGCAAAAGUACGCGGCGAACGCAAACGAUGAACUCAGAAAUAUAAUAAGGCGAUGUCAAAAAUGUCACCCCGAAAAUAAGUCCAGAAACAAAGGUCCAAAAUUAAAGUUAUAUUGGAAAUAGAUAUAAUCUAAAUUAGAUAGGUACUUACGUUUUUUGCUAUAGGUACUUUAUCCACGGAGAGAAGUUAGUCUAGGGUUAAAUGUCAAAGACAAAAAAUUCAGAGGGCGUUAAUCAUUUUGAGUUCCCGAUCAAACAAAACUAUGUUUUCGAAUGUUUUUUUUUUAAAUCAUUUUUGCAUUUAAUUUCGAAUGUUUUUUGAAAAUAAUAUGUUUGUGAUUGGUUGGACACUCUGGUUGACGCCCAUUAAGUUUUGUCUUUGUAUAGAAUGACGUAACAGAGAGAGCCUUAUAUUAACUUCUCUCCGUGGAUAAAGUAUAAGCUGAUUUGUUUCGUGAACGUCUGUGAAGUGUGUUUAUUAUUUAAAUUAUUAAAUUGA